AUGUAUUUCUACGGCAACCGCUCGCUCGACACGCGCGUGAACGACACGCUCGCAAUGCGGCUGUACGCAGAGGCAGCGGAUCUGGGGGCGCCGAGGGCGCAGUUUCACGUGGGCGUAGCGCUGAGCUACGGCCUGUGGGGCUUUCCGCUGGACGAAGCUGGUGCCAUGACGCGCUACUACUUUGCUGCGUUUGGUGGGGACAUUGUCGUUACCAUGGCACUGGGAUACAAGUACCACAUGGGACUUGGCGCCCUGAAGAAGUGCGAGUUAGCCGUGCGGUACUAUGAAGUGGCAGCUGACGAUGCAGUGGCGAGACGGGAUGAAAACGCCAGUCGUCCCGUCAUAGGCGAUGCAGAUGCUACAUUGAGCUUUGCGACGCUGUACUACUACGGCGCGCGCGGAUCGACGCAGGACUUGGACCGCACAGCACUCCUUUUCAGAAGGCUUACGAUUUGGGAGCCAAACAAUGAGACAGCGUUUGAAUAUCUGCAAGGGGCAGUGAAUGAGGGCAUCGCCGCGGCGCAGAAUGAGCUGGCGCACAUGUAUCUGAUUGGAAAGGGCGUUGAACCGAACGAGGUGCGAGCGGUAGAGCUGUACGAGGCUGCAGCGAAGCAAGGAAGCAUGGAUGUAUUUUACAACUUGGGCGUUCUACACCUGCAAGGUAAGGCGCAACGAGAUUUUGAUUUGCAGCGGAUCAUCCUGAAUAUGAAGUCGCGUACAGCUUCUUCCAGAGUGCAGGCAAGUCGUAUGAAUUGGUGGAUGAGUGUGGAGAUGGGGAACCUGUUCUUCUUGCAAAAUUGCCUUCUUACGUACAAUCGCCACGACUACGAAGCAGCUUUCAUAAGAUACGCUGUGCUGGCACAACAAGGCUACGAGGUCGCUCAGCAUGAUGCUGCGUACCUGUUGGACUAUGACUUCUUGACACCGUCACCGUUGUCGCCCAUGCUGUCGUUGUCGCCCAUGCUGUCGUUGUCGCCCAUGCUGUCGCUGGCAGCGCAGCAGGGCAAUGUGGAUGCAAACUUGAAGAUUGGCGACUUUUUCUAUGAUGGUAAAGGGGGCCAUCCGGUAGACUUUGUUAAGGCUAGUGCGCACUAUUCCCUUGCAGGAAACGGUCGAAUGCAGAAGCGAUGUUCAAUCUUGCGCUAA